AUGAACGCCAGCACCGCAGAUCUGAGUUGGCUUCCCGGCGAUGCCGACGAGCAGCUUGCGCUCGGGUUGCGCAUCGUCUCGAACGCCUACAAGAGUCGCGUACAAACUGCAGAAACAGAAAUAAGGCAACUAAAAUCUCAGCUCGCAGAGCGAGGGGAGCAGCUGCAAAAAGAUAUUCAACGUUUGGAAAAUCUUAAGAAAGCGGUGCUCACUUCAAUUCAAGAAGACCGCCCAGAAGCGGAUGACUCGAGUCCAUUUGCAGCAGCAGACGCUACUUUCCAGAUGACGGCAAGGAGGACUGUCGCUGAGCUCGGCUCUAUGGAAGAUAUCGGCCUUAAGGGCAUGAGGCUGGACUUUCGUCGCGCAGGCCCCAACAACGGAACCGUCUUGACACCGCAUGACGACCCAACUGGCAACGCCGACGGUCGCGCUUUCUUCAGAGCCGCACGCAGUCGUCUUUCUUUCGAAACAUUUAACGCCUUCCUGGCCAGCAUCAAGAGACUGAACAAUCAACAGCAAGACAGAGAGGAAACCCUUAAAACCGCUGAGCGCCUUUUCGGAGAGGCGAAUGCCGACCUGUUUGAAGACUUUAAGGCUCUCUUGACUCGACAUGCCUAA